AUGGUGUGGUUCCAGUGUGAGGACUGCGGGGAGAACCUGAAGAAACCGAAGCUCCUGAAUCACUUUAAGAUCUGCUCGGCCUACAAGGUGAGGGGGGAGGAAUCCUCAGACCUUGACGUCCCUUUCAUGCACGACGCUCGUGGUGCGUUAGUGAUCUGCAUUGGAUUACUCUAAUUGCCGGUGGUCUGAUCUCUUUCAAUGCGAGCAGCUCUCGUGCAUUGACUGCGGCGAAAUCUUCACCCAACAAACCGUUCAGGGCCACACGCAGUGCAUAACCGAGGCGGUUCGUAUGCGUUCGUCGCGACCACUAGACUUCGCGUGUGCAUUGAAUUAUAUGCCUUUUAUUCUUGCUUUUUUAUAUGAACGUGAUGGAGUUUGGUUAUCUCUUGGAUUUUCUUUGCGAGUGUAUUGCAUUGGAAUCGUCCUUUGCAGGACGGUCCGUCUUUUAGAAGAGGACUUCUUUUGGGCGACCUUUAAUUAAGCUCUUCUCACUAGUUAUAGCUUGGACAGAACGUCACAUUUGUGCUCGAAUUGUGAACGUCCUUCUGUAUUGGGUCUUAUUGCAAUGUUUUUCUUUUUCAAGCCCCGAUGAUGGCAAAUGGCAAAGCCGACCUGGUUCUUCAUAUGGAUUCAUUUCAUCGGAUGGGGAGGGGAGAGUAAAAUGGUUUAACAAUGGUCACAUGCUGCAAACCUUCAGGAGAAAAACUAAGUCUUAUUUUAUUAUACUUCAUAAGGUUUCGUGCAUGAGCUUUGGAAAAUGAUUUUUUUUUUUUUUUUUUUUUCCCUACGACUUGUGGAUAGUCUAGCAUUCCCUUCGUUUUCACCUGAAGUGGAUAAACAAAUACUCCUGUCAAAUAAGGCAUUGUUACUUCCGUGGUCGUUUGUUACUUAUCCUGGAAGCCUUUCUUAUCCCCAUUUUCGAAGGCCUUUGGAAUUGGCAUGGCCAGAUACUUGAAAUCCCUUAACGCUUCUAAAAAUAUUUCUUAUCCUAUAUCUAUUGUGCUCAAAGGACAAAUGAAUGUUUUUUUAUGAUGCGAUGGCAAAACACGGCCUUCUGUUGCUUUUAUGUUCAUUAAAGGUUUACACAUAAUUUUUUUACUUCCCUCAGAAAUGAUUCCUUGGAUGUUAAAAUUAAUGUUACCCAUCUUCUAGCAGAUAUUACCUCUGAGCUCUAAGUGGUAAAUUUAUUUCAUCAAGAGAUGUCCGUUCCUGAUAUUAGCAUUUUUCAUUUGCAAUUGAUUUUCUUGAAUUUUCAGGCCUUCUUAAGUUCACAUAAUAAACUCAUCACCUUUCUCAGGAGAAAUAUGGUCCAAAAGAUCAAGCAAAGUCUGCUCACAAUGCACAAAACAAGGUUAAUAAACCAAAACCAGGCUUGGAUAUUGAUAUCAAUGUGGGACUAUCUACACACCCUCCUUGGUUUUGUAGGUAAAUGGAACUCCCUGAACUCUUUUUAUCAGUGUAUGCCUUAUAUUCCUUUCCUAUUUAUUGGACUAAAGUGCGACUAAAGUGGUCAGGUUAUCAAAGAUGUCAGUUGUUCAAUGGCUUUAAGGUUUAGAUAAAAAUAAAAGAGAGGACUAUUAAUGGAGAAGCUUAAUGAGCUCCCCGAAAAAUCUUCUAACCAGCAUUUAUAAUGUACUACAUAUAUUGCUUUUAAAACUAUUGUUUUGCAUGCGCAGCUGAAUCAACUUCUUUUGACUGACUCGUGUCCACAGCCUCUGCAAUACCACGACCACAAGUAAGCAGACACUGCUGCUCCACGCAGAUGGCAAGAAACACAGGGGCAAAGCCAAAGCAUUCCAUGCAUCUAAGAACCAAACAGACAAGCCACAAGUGUCUGCUGCAAACAAGGAUGACAUCAACGGCGUCCCUAAAAUAGAUUCUGCUGAUAAAAAGAGUGCAGAUAUUUUGGAUGAAAUGAAAGCACCAUCCGGGCCAUUUAACACCGUUGCAAUUUCUGUGGGAGAAGAAGAGAGUUUGCCAAAGAAAAAACGAAAAGUUGACGCACCAGAUCAUAUAGAACAUGAUGAUGUAACUGAGAUGGCUGAUGGGGAGGUGAUCCAAUCAAAUGAAAAGGUUGCAAAAACUGGCAAAAGGCUAAGGAAUUGUGCCGAGUCAGUGCAGAUUGGCCAUCAUCAAGAUACAAAAGACCCUGCUAAGGAUUCUUCAGAGCAGAAGAUCAGAUGGAAGAAACUUAUCGUUUCCAUCUUGAAAUCAGUAUGUCUCGCGUGGCAACCAUCUUCAUUUAGAAAUUUCAUAUUGUCACAAUUCUCAUAUAUGCCAAUGAUCCUACUGUGUGUCGUUGGCCAUUUUUGCUGCUUUAUCUUCUUUAUAAUUCCAUAAUGCUCCCGUCUUCUCUUCCACUAAAGUCCGACAUAAUUGCUCAAAGGUAUCACAUUUCACAUCAAAGAAACGAAUGAUGUCACCUUCAAUUAAAGAGAAUAAACCCUCGUAACAGUUCGUCCAGUUUCCUUUAUUUUAUGUGAAGAUUCUCAAGACGCAUGGGCUAAUAGAAUAUUCAUCCAUCUCAUAAGUUUUGCCGCUUAACAACUUUGGAUUUCUUCAAACCGUACAAAGCGGAGACUUAACAUAUUCGUCUAAAUGCAGCAUCCAGAUGGAGUUUUGAAGGUGAAAAAGCUGCAGAAACUGGUCAAAAAGUCUCUUCAGGAGUCCGGUAUGACUGAAGGCAAGGACCAACUUCAGACCAAGCUAAUGGACAAGGUCUGUGGAGUUGAUCAUAUCUAUCAUGGCUUAGCAAUAGCUCCUUGGGGCUGACACCCAGCUCUUCUCAUGUGCAGAUAACAUCCAGCUCUCGAUUCAUUGUUGAUGGCAAGUACAUUCAUUUGGCCAACAAGACCAAAUCCUCCUGA